AUUUGAACAAUCACGUGUCAAUUAGUACGCUUCCGAGAUAGAUAAAUAAACGCAAGUAGAAAUUGUUCGGGAAACACCCCGAUCAUAAUAAUUCAAUCAUUCCUGGAAGAUAAUGCACGGCCGCCUUAAAGUCCGAACGACAGCCGAACAGCAAGAGGCCAAGAGAGUCGAAAGAGAAAAAAAAUUGAAGAUUUAUACAGGCGCUACUAAGAAGGCUUUCGAGAAGAGAAAUAAUAGAGAAUUCGACGAAGAAGCAUUAAAAAUUACCGGAGAAAUUCUUGCUGUAAACCCCGACUUCUAUUCUUUGUGGAAUUUCAGAAAAGAAGUUUUUAAUGAUUUUAAAGAAAAAAGACCGAAAGAGGAGCUAGAUAAAGCCUUUCAAGACGAGCUGUACUUUUUAGAAACAUGUCUGAAAGUCAAUCCAAAAUCUUAUGGGACGUGGCAUCACCGUUCAUUUGUCAUGGAAACCAUGCCAACCCCCGACUGGAAACGAGAAAUAAAGUUGUGCAACACAUUCCUGCAAUAUGAUGAAAGGAAUUUUCAUUGCUGGGAUUAUAGAAGAUUUGUAGUGGGAAAAGCCUCGAUAUCAGCAGCUGAAGAGUUCGAAUUCACAACAGAAAAAAUAGCUAACAAUUUCUCUGAUUAUUCAUCUUGGCAUUACAGAAGUAAAUUAUUACCAAUUUUACAUCCAGAUAAGACGCACCCCUCAGGUGUGAAUGAAGAAAUUUUGUUAAAGGAAUUUGAAACGGUCCAAAAUGCUUUUUUCACAGAUCCAAAUGAUCAAAGUGCUUGGUUUUAUCAUCGAUGGUUGCUUGGACGACAUCAAAGGAAUCUUGAAAUCAAUACAAUGUUUGUAUCUCGGAAAGAUAGACGUGUUAUGGUCACAACGACCAAGCCAGUUAUGAUUGAUGGUAACAAUCCUGUGACGCUGAAAAUAAAUGAUAAAGAAGUUAAAGUAGAGUGGCAGAAUCAAAAGUCUCAACGAAAGUAUUCAACUCUAUGGUUAGCAGACGAUGUCGCUAUGCCAGAUGGUAGCAUAAAUAUUCAGGUCCUUAUGGGUACACACAGGAUUACACAGUUGCUGAGUUUAAAGUCAGAUGAAAGUGAAAGUUUGUUUACAUUGCCUUUUAAAGAGGGUAAUCGAUUUAGUUAUGAACUGACUUCAUCUACUUCUGAAACCCUUCAGAGAGAAUUAGAAGCCAUAGUUGAACUUUAUGAAAUAGAACCAGAUAACAAAUGGGUUAUCCUGACUUUAAUGUCAUUAAUGAAAUCGCUUGAUCCACUAAAAUAUGAACAAGAAAUAUUAAAGCAAAUCUCCCACUUACAGAAACUUGAUCCAAAAAGAAAGACGUAUUACGAUGACCUAAGAUCGAAGAUUCUUGUGGAAAAUACUUUGGAAGCCUUGGGGUUGAAUCAACAAUGUUUAGACCUCUCAGACAAAAAGUUAACUGUUUUAUAUCAUACCAGUUUGCUCCCCUUUAUAUCAGAACUGCGUCUUGAAGGAAAUCAAUUUGUGAAUUUGAAAAAUUUUGAAUUCCUGCAAUGUCUUAAAAAUUUGAUUUUAGAUUCCAAUAAAAUUUGCGAUAUAAAUGGUUUAAGAGGGUUGAACAGUUUGGAGAAACUUUCAUUAAAAGAUAACUCAAUUCAAGAUGUAAAUGACUUAAAAGUUCUGCAGACCUGUCCCAAUUUGAAGACUUUAAAUAUUACGGGGAACACUGUGUGUUCGGACGAUAAUUCUUUAAAUGAAUUAAGACAGCUUUUACCAGGUGUAUUAAUAACAUCUUAAUGAAAUAUUUAUGUCUAUGUAAAUUCACAAUAAUUGAUGUGUUUUGUUCACAGUGUUCAUAUCAAAUAAAUGCAUCUUAUCAAUUACAUGUAGUACUAAUAAACAAUGCUUUUCAUCUUCA